AUGUGCGAGCACCAGUUCAUCACCGUUUUCCUUGCUGCCUCCUCCCUAGCUGGCUCGGCCCUCGCCAUCUGCCCAGGCUUCAACUACGGCAUUGGCAACCAGCAGAAGCUCGGCAAUGGCAUUAGCAGGUGGACCGUCUACGACGAUAGCUGCAAGGCCGUGGAUGGCCUCACAACUACGAAGAACCCGUGCACGCAGGGUAUCUUCGGCUGCUCUGGCUCGCCGAUCAAGUUCAACUCCUACAAGAGCACAUUCACUGGCCUUAAGUGA